AUGCCUGUGCUGGCACUCCAGGCCGGAGAUGAGUCUUCCGAAGAUGAGGAUGAGGAGGCAAGGCUGCAGAAGGAGCGGCAGCAAAAGCAGGAUGCGUACCGACAGAAAACCAUCGACAUGGAGCUUGCAAAGCUCACUGGCAUCAAGGGCGUGCCUGUGCCAAACCGACCGGCGCCACCGCAAAGUCCAGGAAGAACCAAGAAGGCCAUUCCUAACGAUUUCCUGGUUGCCAAGCCGAAGUCAGCGCUAGAGCGGACAUUAAACAGCACAUUAGGAAGAGCCUUAACCAUCUUCGUGACAGUGGUAAACUUUAUUGUGCUGCUUUGGAUGACGACAAUUUGGAACUCUCCGCAGAUGUGGCUGUCUGGGCAGGCCUUGCCGGUCGCUACCUUAACCUUUCUAGUCGGCACGCAUUUCUACACUGCCGUUCCAGUGCUCGCCGGGUACUCAGGGCUCAUGGUCCCGGAGACCGGUGUAGAUUGGAAGAUCUACUUCGUGCUUUAUCGCAUGUGCUACUUCACCUCUGUGCCUAGCAUCGUCUUGAUGUACUUCGGCCCCGGCGAGCGGCUGGCCUUCGGAGAGUCCGAGGGGGGACUGGAGGACAUCAGUCUCACAGAGUUGACCCUGGGCUCCUACAAGUACUUCCGUGCUUAUGAUGGCUUUGUCGCCCUGAACUUGACGAAGGGCAUCACCGAAACUCUUGAGAAGACAGUUCACAACCGGAAUGUCCCCAGGCUCAGUCGCUACCGAGAUGCUGAGAUUGUAAACAACAGGGAGCCUUUCAGCAACGAGGAGGAGCCCACGGUUCCCCCGGGCUUUAUGGAGACCUACCGCAUUGCCCCCGUGUUUUUGCAGUGGGCUCCUUGCACUACACGAUACAGGAUCUCGGCCGGAUGCUUGAAUCAGAAUCAGGUCGCUGGUUGGGCCGUGGCCACAUCCAGGGCCCUUUGCACCAACUUGCGAAUGGUCAGCUGCCGCGUGCAAGAUCCCCUGCUGGAACCGGUCUACCGCUGCUCCACCAACGCCACGAAGGGUCGCGAGUUCAAGGGGACCAUCAAUGGGCUUUGUGGUAGGAGCAUCCCUGCUCCCAACCCUCAAGUCAUCGAUGAGCUCUCCGCACUCCUCUUGCUGGAUGGCUGGCCAGAAAGCCGAUUGCCCAAUGCCUCGCAUGGCUGGUAUGACGUCUGGCCCGAGCCCUGUGUUAGCAAUGCCGAAGCUUGCAAUUCGCACUGGAACCUGCUCGAGAACUUGGGCCUAGCCUUCAGCUGCAUCACCGUGGCUUUGGCGGUGCUGCCUUUGCUGAUCGACUGUUCGACAGACUCUCGCAUACGUGGAGCCAUGGCCUUCCAAGAGGAGUGCAAAACCCGGAGCAAGAAGGGUGCCACCAUCAUGUUCUGA